CUUUGUCUCAAUCAGUUGCAGUGUCUAAAUAUCUGUACGUUUGAAGGUAAUGUACAAAUGGUUUCCCCGUUUUCCUGGUAAUUUGGUACGCUGAUGCAUUCGGGUGCCAGUCGAAGGCACAAAACCUGUAUUUCAUCUAUUAAUGUUGACGGUAUACUUUCACAUCCUUUUGUUUCUUCAUUUUACUCUUUCCUUUGCAUCACAUCAGGCAAGGUCAACACUAUGGGGGAACUGGAAGCUAACAGAGAAAACAAUCGCUCGCAAGAGCACGUGCAUGAAAACUGGAAUCGUGGUUUAGAAGUUGAUGUUGUGGGUGAAGAGAUAACUAUUAAAGGCAGAAUUCAAGAAGUCGAGAAGCUGGCUGCAAAGAUCUGUCAAGAUAAAAUUCAGCUGAAUGAAGAUAUAGCGAAAAGGAAGUGUGAUAGGAGCAGUGUCCUUUUUCGGUUGGAAGACCUGAAUGAAAAGGGACUCAAAUCCAGGUUGGCCGUGGAGAGGGAGAAAAUGAAUAUUCUGCAACUAUUUCUGCUUCGUUUAACAAACAAAGCUCCCCAAGGAAAACCGGAGAAGCCCUUCAUGCCACGAGAAGAGAUAUCUAAGCAUGUAAGAUUUCCUUAUUAUACAUGCACACUCGCCGGUAUGUCAAUGUUCUUGAUAAUACAGCCUUUUGAGUUCGUUGGAAAUGUGAACAUGGAUUCUGCAGAAAAUGAAUUUCCGGAUGGUACAUGGAACAAACAGUUUGGCUGACGAAAAGCAGCUUGUAAAAGUGAUGAAUGUGAGACAGAAGGAGGAUACUGCUGGUUCAUUUUCGCCAUUGGGAAGGGAUUAUUAUUAUUAUAUAGCUCCGCCUCUUAUAACUACUUAUUACUUGCGUCAUCUCUCUGCUGUACAAUAUCUUCGGAAUCAGAGAAGUAUAAUGCAUCACCGCCUAAGACAAAUCCAAGAACUUCAAUGGCAAGGAAGACAAAUACAAGAACUUCAAUGGCAAGGCGAUAGACCGGGAAUAGUAUUUGAAAGGCAAUGGGAUGAAGCCAUUGCUGAAGCAAGAGCUAGUGCCAAUCCUAAUGCUGAUGCUAAUGCUGCUGCCAAUGCCAUUGCCACUGCCAGGAUUUGGGAUUCUUUGAGUUCGAAGAAAGCGUUACAAGAGCAA